AGUCAACAGCAGAGGCCCCACCCUUUGUGUUACCUAUUGCCCGUCAAUCAAAAUAUAAAAAAAUCUGACAGUUAUCACUUAUUUCUGCGCGUAUACAAUCAAUUUAAUCUGCUCAUCAUGUCCCGUGGAUUGUGACUAUCUGGACCUUCCGUUUUAUGACAAGUCAAGCAAUGACUGCCCCAGAACAGCCACUCAAAUCAGAUGAUAUGGCUGCCUUAGAUGCAGACGGCAGUCAGGGUGAUUUUAUGCAGCAAGAGGAGGGCAGAGGUAAUCAGGACACUCAGCCGUCACCCCUCGACCUGCUAGCAACGACCUGCACUAAGGUUGGGUCACCAUCGUCAGUGAACAGAGGUGCUGCCAAAGAUGUGAUGUCAGAUCCAUCGUCACAGCUGACGGAUAAUGACAAAUGGGAAGUGUUAACACCCACAACAGGAGUAAAGGAUGAGUCUGGAAUAAUACAAAUCCAAAGUCAAGGAAUAUUGACAUCAAAUGGACAGUAUAUUCUUCCUCUUCAAAAUUUACAGACUCAGCCAAUCUUUGUCACAUCGGGAAUGGACCACUCCUCUGCCAAUUCAGUGCCUAACAUUCAGUACCAAGUAAUUCCUCAGAUACAGACAGCGGAUGGACAGCUGAGUUUCUCCACAUCUGCUGUGGAAGGACCAACUCUGACUCAAGAUGCCACGGGCCAGAUUCAGGUCUUGUCUGAUGGGAGCCAGAGUCUCAGUGUGACAUCAGCUGCAAGCAUCCUUAACAACAACCAGAACCUCAUUUCACAGACUGCUAAUCUCCAGCAGAUACAAGGGGUUUCUGUUGGUAGCUCCACUUUUAACAACCAGGGCCAGGUUGUUACUAAUGUGCCUAUGGGGCUGCCUGGGAACAUUACCUUUGUUCCUAUCAACAGUUUGGACUUGGACUCCCUUGGCCUGUCGGGUGCUCAGACUAUAGCGACAGGGGUCACUGCUGAUGGCCAGCUGAUUAUGGCGAGUCAGCCGGUGGAUGGCUCAGGGAGUCUGGCCAAGACAGACAGCCACCUCUCACAGACACUAGCGGAAAACGACUCGAAUGCAAAUCCUGAGAUAUUUGUGCCAACGUCUUCCUCUCAGCUGCACCUUUCGGCAAAUGAAGGUGGUCUGCUGACACAAGGCUCUUCGCUACCACCGGCGGCUGCAGAGCAAGCCAACUCGAGUGCUGGUCUCCAAGAGGGCUUCGGCCAGCAGAAUCAGGAGCAGAAUGUCCAGGUGUCCGCGGCCCAGCCCAUCAUCCAGCUGCAGCAGGUUCCUGUUCAGACCACCAACGGGCAGGUGGUGCAGUCUGUGGCGGCAGGCGGGCAGAAUCUGCAAAACGUGCAACUGAUAAAUCCAGGAACCUUCAUCAUUCAGGCUCAGACUGUAACACCGUCGGGUCAGAUACAGUGGCAGACCUUCCAGGUCCAGGGAGUGCAGAAUCUACAGAACCUCCAGCUGCCCACCACGCCGCCCCAGCAGAUAACUCUGGCACCGGUGCAGACCCUGUCACUGGGGAGCAUCAGCGCCGGCCAGAUUCCCAACCUACAGACAGUGACCGUCAACUCUGUGGCCCAACACGAAGGAGGAUCGGAUGCUCACACAGACAUUCAGAUCAAGGAGGAGCCAGACUCUGGGGACUGGCUGAGUGCAGAUUCUACGCUGAACACAAGCGAUCUGUCCCACCUCCGUGGCAGGCUGGCGGACGACGAGGACCAGCUUGGCCAGGAGGGCAAGAGGCUGCGCAGGGUGGCCUGCACAUGCCCCAACUGCAAGGAGUCGGGCGGGAGAGGAUCCAGCAUGGGCAAGAAGAAGCAGCACAUCUGUCACAUAGUGGGCUGUGGGAAAGUGUAUGGAAAGACGUCACACCUGCGAGCACACCUGCGCUGGCAUUCAGGGGAGCGACCCUUUGUUUGCAGCUGGAUGUUCUGUGGGAAGAGGUUCACACGCAGCGAUGAGCUCCAGAGGCACAGGAGAACACACACAGGAGAGAAGAAGUUCGUGUGCCCGGAAUGUUCCAAGCGCUUCAUGCGGAGCGACCACCUGGCCAAGCACAUUAAAACUCAUCAAAAUAAGAAAGGCGUGAACAGCGGCAGCAGCGCCGUGGUGGCCUCCAUGGAAUCCACAGGUUCCUCUGACAGCAUCAUCACCACGCCGGGCGGCACCACCCUCAUCCUCACCAACAUCCAGCAGGGCUCCAACACGGCCCAGGACAUCCUGGCCAACGCAGAGAUCCCGCUGCAGCUGGUCACCACGGUGGGGGCCAGCGAAGUCAUGGAGUGACACGCCCCCCACCUCUGAACCUCUGCAGUGUCUUCUCCUGUGUACUGCUACCUGCAUUUUUACUCAAUUUGUGAAGGAAGAUUCUCUCUCUAAAUACACACUUAUAUAUGAAAUUAGCCGUUUUCAUGUAGGAAAAGGAACCAAGUGAAAACUCAACGGUGAAAAAAGACAUUCAACUGAAGCUACGACGAAAUGCCUUAUUUUGUACAGUAUUGUGUCGUUGGAAAUGUAGGAGUCCACUUUUGUUUUAAAUCUAUUUGUUGAUUAUGUGUUUUUCAUAAAAGGGGUUAUGACUAAGUUUAGCUAAUCUUCUCUCACCUUUUUGUCGACAGCAUAUUUUGAAUAUAUUCCACAUUCUUUUAGUCAGAGACUGAACGUCAGAGCUCUUUUCUUUUUCAAUGAAGUAAAGUCCAUACAAAAGUUUCACUUUGUGUAUUUCAGAGGUGUUAUGUUGCAUUGGUUCCUGAAGUUAUGUCUGCUCGCAAACCCUUCUUUUCCCUUUUUUUUUUUAAAUGACACCUAUUACUAUUUGCAGGUAAAAAAGAAAAACAAUCAAAAUUUUGUAUCGUUCCUCCUUUCAACAUACGUUGUUGAGGUGACACGUUCUUUGCUAAUUAUGUAUUUUGAACAGCUAUUUAUAUUGAGCUUUACAUAGACGAUGGAUUUGUGAUAUUGACGGUCUAAAAUAUUUCCAAUGACUCUUCUAUGUAAUUCAGAUGUGUUUUUGUACGCUUUUUUGGAGGACUUCGGAACAGACACAUGUUGUAAUAUAAAGUGCGGACAAAAGUUCAUGUUUUUAUUUUUGGUGGUAAUUGCCAAAUUUGACUCCAAACUCAGGGUGACUUGACAGCGUGCUAUAAGUAGAGUAAAUCAACCCUGUUGCUUCCCAGGCUGUGGUUGUCUGUUGUGAAGAAUUCUUUUUUUUCUCUUUUUAUGGAAUGGAUGAUAAAACUGUUUAAGCUACCAUUAUGUUACCUAUGCCCAAUGAAUCCUGUCAUGUAAGUGUGUUUUUGUCUUUUUUUUUUUUUUAAAUGAUAAAACUUGUUUUAUGCAAUGAGUUUCCUUCCCUGAAUAUCUUUUUCCGUCAAUUCUGUCGCAUAGUUAAAAAAGUUGCGAUAACUGAAAGUGGUACUCUUUUAACAGCACUGUUCUCAUCACUUUAAUUUUUUUGUUUAUCAGUUUGGAUAAAAAUGUUUUUUAAAAACCCGUCUCUUGUACCCAUUGUCUGUAAAUGUUCUUUUUUUUCUGUUUUUAUUCAACCGUGUUACAUUCCCGAUUUUUACCAUGUUAUGAUUUUCUUGUUUUCUGAUUACUUCAGCCCUCGAAUGGUCAAAUUGAACACACCUGCACACAGAUCAAAUUCAAUAGCGACAGAUUUUGGUUAUGUUUUUAUUUAUUUUUGUUGUGUUUAAUUUUCUUUUUGUUUUGUUUAGUUUGUUUGAUUAAGACAUUGGAAACUAUGUCAUUUGAAAGAUUCUCACCAAGCCACUUGCCUCCACUUCAGAGGAUACAAAUAGGCUAAAAGGAUGCGGCAUCUUUGGAUACUUUGCUAAACCCUGAAGGUUUAUGUUCUCCAGUUAUCUGUAUAAAUAUGUCAGUAUGUAACAUCAAUAUAAAUCUUUCU